GGGAUGGAAGUAAUUUACCGUUAUUUUUAUCCGCCCAGCAUCUCUUCGAAGCACAUCCCUUCUAUAUAUCCUUCCAUGUUGUCUUCUGCAACCUCCAGCCCAACCACAAACAUGGAUGCAAAAGUGGCCACUGCAUGGGCGGCCAGAGAUCCAACCGGCGUGCUGUCUCCCUAUUCAUUCACUCUCAGGGAAAUGGGACCUGAGGACGUGCUGUUGAAGGUGCUCUACUGUGGGUUAGACCACACGGAUGUUCACAUAGCGAGGAACGAGCUCUCCAAGGCCAUCUACCCUUUGGUCCCUGGGCAUGAGGUGGUGGGGGAGGUGGUGGAAAUGGGGCAGCAGGUAGCAGGAAAGAUCAAGGUUGGGCAGGUGGUGGGGGUUGGGGGCAUUGUUGGGUCAUGCGGAGACUGUAGGUGCUGCAAAUCCAACCGGGAGCAAUACUGCAGCAAGGCGGUGCCCGCCUACAACGGCGUGGAUGUCGACGGCCGGCCGACUCACGGCGGCUUCGCAUCCACCAUGGUGGUAAAUCACAGGUAUGUGGUGAGCAUACCAGAGAGCCUAGCACCAGAGCUGGCCGCCCCACUUCUGUGCGCAGGUGUCACAGCCUACAGUCCUUUGAGAAGGUUUUGUGGAUCGGAGCCUGGCCUCAGGGGAGGGAUCUUGGGGCUUGGUGGAGUUGGGCAUAUGGGGGUGUUGAUAGCAAAGGCAAUGGGGCAUCAUGUGACGGUCAUCAGCUCCUCGGACAAGAAGAGAGAGGAGGCCCUGCAGCACUUGGGGGCUGAUGCCUAUAUCGCGUCCAGUGAUGCAGCCAAGAUGGCUGAAGCUGACGGGAGCCUGGACUACAUUCUCGACACCAUUCCUGCUCCUCAUUCUAUCGAUUCGUAUCUCUCACUCCUGAAUCAGGAUGGAAGUAUCCUUCUAGUUGGUGCUGCACCCCAACCCCUCUGCUUCACCUCCUCCACGCUUAUUUUGGGGGGGAAGACAAUCACAGGUAGUUUCGUGGGGAGCAUAGCAGAGACACAAGAGUUAUUAGAGUUUUGGGCAGACAAGGAUUUGACAUCAAUGAUUGAGGUAGUGCCCAUGGAUUAUGUGAACAAGGCAGUGGAGAGAAUGGAAAAGAAUGAUGUUAGAUACCGAUUCGUAUUAGAUGUGGCAGGAAGCUAUGAAUAAAUAAUGACUUACUAUAUCGAUAAGGCUGUUUUUGUUAGUGUAAGAGAAAUAAAAGUUCUCCACAUACAUAACCUGGUGUAUGCUUCAUAGCUUGUAACCAGUUAAGUUGUCAAGAUUUUAUGCUUCAUUAAAUAAUUUAAUGGCUGUCGCAAUGCUUCAUUA